UUGUAGUUUUAUUUCUUGUUGCAAAGAAGCAUUGAGUAAUGUUGUUGCUGAUAGAAAACAGUUGAACUGCGCAGAGAGUUCAGUUCAGUAGAGGCAGGAGCAAGGAGAGGGUAGAAAGCGGAGAGAUCGGUGUCGGUUUUAUUAUGCCCAAUUUGAUCAGUAAUAGCCAAUCUAACCGUUCGGAUCCAUGGUGAAGAGAAAGAAGACGUCGCCUACUACCGAAGAGUACGAAAAUGGCAUGACACCAGGCUCCAGGGAGGGGAUCGGUGUCGAUGGGAGGAGGAAUCCGUCCAGAAAGCCCGAGGGUUGCGACGAGGAGGAGAGCGGAGAGCAGGCGAGCGAGGAGCGCAGUACAAAGGGAGACGACGGAGUGGAAAUUCUUAAUCCAUCAGCCACGGGUCUCAGCCCCGGUUCAGCCACGGUCCUCCCCGCCUCUCCGCCGAACCGAACCGGGCUAGGCUCGACCCAGCAGCCCCAGACUUCAGCGGAGCCCGCCCCUCCGUGUCACGACCAGCAUCAUUUUCUCCGAUCAAGCGUUCGACCUCCGAGUAAACGGAUCCGGAAGGAUUCAAUCGGCUCAACCAUCAAUGGACAUGGCGGGGCAAAAUCGAAAGGCACAGAGAAUGGCUCUUCCUCUCAGGCGGCAGUGGGACAGUCGGGGCAUAUGGCCAGCUCGACAGGGGGAGUGUCCAGGGCCUCCAAGGGCCAAGGGUCUGCUGAGAAAGACGAGCAAGCCGGUAACCAGAAAAGGGCCCGUCGGCAAUGGGAGUCUUGGAGUGCAGAAGACAAAAACAGCUUCUUUGAGGGGCUCUAUGAGCAUGGGAAGGAUUUUGAAGCUAUCCAGAACAACAUUGCAAUGAAGUACAAGAAGAGAGGCAAGCCAGCUAACAUGGUGAAGAACAAGGAGCAGGUCCGCCAUUUUUACUACCGUACCUGGCACAAGAUCUCCAAACACAUUGACUUUGCCAAUGUGUACUCCCGAGUGCUGAAGAAAUCCUCUCAAGAAUUGUACGGUCUCAUCUGCUAUGCUGAGCUCCGCAAAAAAGUUGGAGGAUUAAUGGAUGAUAAGAACGUGGCAAAGCUGAACGAACUCAUCCAGCAAGGGGCCACCACUGUGCGCUCAAAAGGGAGGAACUUACGAAUCAAAGCCCCCAUGUGCCGUGCACUGAAGAAACUUUGUGACCCCGAUGGAGUGAGUGAUGAGGAGGACCAGAAGCCGGUGCGUCUACCCCUGAAGGUGGCAGUGGAGCUCCAACCACGCAGUAAUCACUCCUGGGCCCACGUUCAGAGUCUAGCCCACAACCCUCGCCUCAGGAUGGUGGUGGAGCUCCACAGGAAAGUUUCCAGCCUCAUUGAGUAUCUGAAACAGAAGUGGGCGUACCAUGACCAGCGCAUUCUUAAGAGUCUCAUGGAGAGAGAGGCUCUGGAGGGCAGCCGGUCCAGCACAGCCUCUCCCAGCAAAUCCCAGCCAGAUGAGCUUUUUCUUUUCCCUGCUGAGAGCAGUACCUUGACCACGCUGCCCGGUGUGGCACGUGUGGUUCACUCCAAGGCCUCCUGCACUGUACACUGGCUGGAGAGUGGCAAAAACCGGCCUAAUGCCAAGGAAUUGCCAGCUGCCCAGAUCCUGGGCAUCCACACGGCUCCUCCACCUCGGACUGGCAGUAAAUCUGGACGGGGAAGUGCUGCUGCUGCUGCUGCUGGUGCUUCAGUGACUGUUUUGUGUGAUACUCGUCGAACUGAGCCCCCUAACCCUGAACCUUCACCAGAAACUUCUGCUAAGUUAGAGGAAAAGAGACCUCUGUCUGUUUCUGUCCCUUCUUCUCAGCAGACUGUGGCUCCCAGAGAAGAGGGAACUGGGCUGGGACCCUCUGAGGGGGGCAAGACGUGUUCUGGCAUGGAGGCCAGUGGUGGAUUAGCGGUGAUCAAAAGCACGGAGAAGUUUUGUAGUGGUGUAGAAAGCUCAUCGGAGCAGUGCAAAGAGGAGCAGAACACCAGUACCUCUUCGCCAGAGGCCAGCCAGACUCUAGCCAAGCCUCCAAUGACUGGCUCCGAGGAGGGAGUGUCGCAGGGCUCUGCACCAGCAGCCAAAGAGCGAAGCGUUGAGCAGAUCAGAGAGGACGGCUGGAGUGCCCGUGACGCAGAGAAUGUCACCCUGGCUGAGCUCUACCUGAUGUUUGGGAAGCCUGGCAAGCUACAGCUAGAGUAUGAGUGGCAGCCCGUUGCAGCUCCUUCCAACAACCAAGAAAAUGGACAAGCUUUGGCACAGGCCAAGCCCAACAGGACACACCGUGCUUUGCGCUGCCUACUCAAACUGGUUGCCACUGAGGUCAAUCCUAAACCUUUGGCUCCAGAGCUGUGCUCCACAGCCACAUCACCACUCAAGACCCAUCAGGAGGAGCAAAACCAGGCCCUCACACCUCCAGGAAAGGGGCCCAUAGCAGGUGUUCGCAGCCCCAGCUGUGGCCGGCAGCAGGCCUCUGUCCGAGGGGCCAGGUUACACCUGGCAAACGCUGGAGCCUCAGGUAUUUGUGGACGCAACCUUCCCCGCUCUCUGCUGGGGUCGACAGCGGGAAGCGACUCAGAGGGCAGUGUUUUUGCGGUACCCACGACGCUGCCCCCCAACAGCUCGCGACACAACAGAAUGUUCUCUCCCAACAAGGAAGCUGAGCUAGCCUUCAGACAGCAGCUGGACUCGAUCAGUAUGCAGUCAGAUAUUUUCCUUUCUAGACAGAGAAAACCUCGGAACAGGCAAUUCCGGAAACCACUUGUAGUUCAGCGAACACUGCUGCCGCGAACUACAGGAGACACUCCUCAGCAUGUCUGCUCCUUCUCCAUCCUCUCCAACUCCUCUGCCACAGGAACUGGAUCUUUCCGGCCAAUCCAUACUCGGCUGGCUCCUGCCCCCCGCUCUCUCAUAUCCAAAGUUUCCCCUGUGGCACCCAGCUCUGCAGCAGCCAGCCAGCUCUCCAGUGCCAUUGGCCUGGCAGCUAAGUCUGCAGGCAUCAUCCCUUGCAGUCCCUGUCGGGAGCUGGAUUCUCCCGCUGUUGAUAACAGCACUCUGCUUGCCACCACACCUAUUGCUGAUGCUGAACCAGACUCUCAACUCCUCCAGCAAAAUGUCCCAGAGAAUGGUUUGCCUCCACCGUCUCCUGGAGUGACCGGUGGUGGAGACUCACUCCUCUCUCCACCAAGCGUAGCCUCACUCCUGGACAUUUCUCUGCCUGGCCCCCCUGAAGAGGCUCUAGCCCCCGGAGAACCUCAAACACACAUCAGUGACUCCAUCAUCGAGCUCGCCAUCAACUCUGCCCACUAUGGUGAGGAGGCAGCUCUCUCUCCGGCAAAGCUGAGCAACAACGACAGCUCUAAACUGUUGGCCUCGUCUCCGUCAGUCAGCCCGUCCCGAGGCUGGAUCCCAUCACCUAGCCACGACCCCCAGUGGUACCCCAGCGACUCAUCUGACUCCACAUUGGGAUGUCUUCUCUCCAGCAUGGUGUCUCCUGAUAAGGGCAGGCGGAGCACCCUAACCCCCUCUGGCCCCUCCAGUGGCACAGCUUUGCUUGGCCCUAGCCUCCUGGACUGCAACUCCCAUGAUUCCUUUCAGUCCCGUGGCCUUCCUGAUGUGGCAGAGAUGGACUCUCAGCUUGCUUGUAUGAUGAGUGAGAGCAGUGUGGACUACAUCGCUCGCUUCAAUGACCUGGCUCAGGAGCUGGCUGUGACCGAGCCCUCCAUCCCGCCACCCUGAGGAAGAGAGGACGCGGCCCCACCGAACCACGGUCAUCCAGAAAGCCAUGAGUGACCGGAGGAUGGGUUUCUCCUCAGUGUCUAGACUGUUGGCCCGCUGUCGCUUCUACACUGAAGAAAAGAUAGUUGUGGAAAAAGAACAGUCCCUAAAAGCCAUCCCUGCCCUGUUUGUAAAAGUGCAAUAAUAGUGGUGAACCUUGACCAUUGUUCAAAGCGAGUUCAAAAUGCGUUGGUUUCACCGAACUGUUCUUUAAGGUGAAAUGCCCUUUAAAAACAAACACUUUAGAAAAACAAAUGCGUUUACAAAACAUAACCUCAUGUACAGGAAAAUACUAUGCCAUAUCUGAACAAAAAUAUUUUGACUGAUCUUUUAUGUCUUUUCCUGCUCUUUGUGUGUUUACGUGCUUUUGUGUGUGUGUGUGUGUGUGUGUGUGUGUGUGUGUGUGUGUGUGUGUGUGAGUGUGAGAGAUCGUGAAAGAGAGUGUGUGUCUGUCUUCUACUCUCUCAGAGCGUCCCCCACAAUGUGUAAAUCAUCCAAAAUGUGCAGUUCAGAUCCCAGCUGGUGGCAAACAGCUGCCGGAAGAGGAUUUUGAAAGUAAUGGCAGUGAGAGAGACAGACUGAAUGCGGUGAGAUACUUCAUACAGUCCCUUCAGUUGUUACAGUGGCCUCUGUUGCAAAAGUGGAGCAUAACACAGCAGGGCAGGUAGAAGUAAAAUGCUUUGCUCCUGCCAUCCAUUUUCAUGUGCUCUUCAUCUCAGUCAGUUCAGGUUUUAUCGGUUGAAUUUUAGGAACAUAGCCUGCCAUGUGUGUUUGGAAUCAGGUUCUAUAUUUCUUACAGCCACAUGCAAAAUGGCAGCUUUUGUUGGUUGACUACAUUUUGGUAGUAGCUCUACAGAUGUGAUCAUCUGCAGCUACUAUGGUUGAAUUUUGUGCUGAAAUCACAUCAGAGUUCAUAGUCCAAUCGGCAGUCACUUUGUGAAAUUUUUCUUCACUUUUAAUAUAUGUUGAAAUAAUAAUACCGAUUGAAAUGGCCUUUAGGUCGGCUUGUUGUGGCAUAAACAGGUCGUAAAGAAAUAUCUACUUCAUUCUUCUAUAUACUUAUUUAUCUUUCAGCUGUGCUCUCAUUUUUACACGUUAAUGGUAUACCUAAUAUUCUUGUUCAAAUUUUUAAUAACAUUGUCACAAUAAAUGGGAGUCAUUUGACUUAACUACAGAGAAAAUAACGUUUCUCAUUUACCUAAGCUCUUUUGCCCAUAAUGUGACCAAGCUGUGUAUUCAUUCCAAAUAUUAAUUGUGAAUUAAUUUCAUUUUAAAUUUAAAAUGUCUCGGGUACCUCUAUCAAUUCCCGGUAGUAUCGCACUCCGGUUAAACUCCGCGAGUGAGCAGAGUAAGAAGUACAUAAUGAAAUCAAACACUAAAGCCAUAGUUGACACUCCACUUAUUUUAAGGUUUUGUUUGUUUUUUGUUUUGUUUUUUGUU